AUGAGAGUGGGCAAAGGCUGUGAUCGGUGUCGCCAUCGCCAUAUCCGCUGUGUGAUCCCCGCGGGGGCCUCUGCCUGCACCCCGUGCGCGCGCCUAGGCCGAGUAUGUCAUCUCGACCCGCGCUUUCAGUUCAAGGCUGUGCACCAUGUCUAUCAGAAGAUCAACGGCUCGUCCGCCCGUUUCGACUUCGUCUGGGGCCAGGAGCAGGUCUGGGUGGAUGUGUCACGGCCCGUGACAUUUAUAAACGAGGCCUCGGACGAGUGGGAAGGAGAUGACCUCGUUCAUGAAAAGGAUCUCCCAAGUACAGCUAAAAUCUUGGCCCCAAACGACUCCCCCGGCCAACGUCGGGAGACGCAGUCAGAAGUCACCUCCGGGGACGGCUCGUAUAGUUCCAACAAGCAUGCACUAGAGCUGCCCAAUACAAGAAGCCCACUAGCACCCUGCCCGGAGAAAGCACCGCAGUUGUCGCUGAGAGAGGCGUCUCUGAUUCGAUGUUUUAUCCAGAAGAUCGCACCGUGGGCGGAUAUAUGUGACCCUCAGUCACACUUUAGCACAGUCGUACCUCGCCAUGCAAUGGAAGUCCCCAUGGUAUUGAAGGCGGUUCUGGCACUCGCGGCGCGACACGAUGCCAUUCUAAAUAUGACGAGCGACUGGGAGGCCUCCUCCUAUCAUGGGCAGUGCUUGGAGCUGCUCAUCACGGCACUCGAUCGGCCCGAGCACGCCUACGACGAGAACCUCCUGCUGACGGUGGUUAUCCUGCGUAUCUACGAGGAGCUAGAAAACAACACGGAUGAAAAGUUUCACCUCCUGGGAUCCAGCCGCCUCAUCAAUCUCAUGUCUCGCUCUGCCUCAUCGGGCGGGAUGGCCGAGGCUGUCAGCUGGCAGUUCCUGCGUCAGGCCAUUUAUGCGUCGAUCGUGCAGUAUCAGCACUUUCAGUUGGACUUGCGGAACUAUGAGCGGUCAUCCAUGUUCCAACGCGACGACGAUGCAGCAUUUGCCAACAUGAUCAUUUUCCAUUGCGCGCAUAUCAUUCAGCUGUGCCGACAUUUCCCCGAACAGACGGUCGAAGGAAGUGCCUGGCACCGGGUGGCCGGAGCCGUAGACGAGUGGCAUGGCAAAAAGCCAAUGACCUGGCAACCCAUUCGAUAUCAGGUACCCGAUGUAGCCGCGAACCGACCCUUUCCUGAAAUAUGGAUGAUGUCGGCCCCCGCUGUAGUCGGGAUGCAAUACUACCAUACGGCUCGCAUCUUCCUCACGUUGACCGAUCCCCAGUCUCUUCCAAUGAACGAUUACGCAAGAGUCCGAUUCCGGCACCAAGCCGAGGUGAUUUGUGUUUGA